CAGGAAAUUGCCGCUUCACUUCAAUCAAUUAUCAAUAGAAUAGUGGAUAGGUAUUAUGAGAUCGAGCGACUGGUGGUAGCCCUGCAACCAGACAUGAGUAGAGGCUCUCCCACUACGUUGGAGUGGAAAUUUUCUCAGGUCUUCGGAGAACGGGCACCGGGGGAGGAUGCUCAAGAUGUCGACAUCAUAUCUGCGAUGGACUUUGACAAGAGCGGGGAUUACCUUGCCGCUGGAGAUCGAGGUGGUCGUGUUGUGAUUUUUGAGAGGACGGACGUGAAUGACUUAAGGUCUCGGAAAGAGUUGGAGCACUUGGAUUAUGGUCCCAAGGUUCGUCCUGAAUAUCGUUACAAGACUGAAUUCCAGAGUCAUGAACCAGAGUUUGAUUAUCUGAAGAGUGUGGAAAUUGAAGAGAAAGUCAACAACGUAAGGUGGUCUGUGACACUAAAUGGUUCACAGUGUAUUCUCUCAUCGAAUGAUAAGACAAUUAAGCUAUGGAAGCUUAAGGAACGGAAAGUAAAGAAAGUCAAAGAAAUGGACCUGAAUCCAUUUGUGCGUUCAGAAAAUGCACUUCUCGCUGAGAAGAGUUUCCUGGCUGGGCAGCAGAUACCAUCUGUUACUAAUGGCAACCUUCUGGAGUGGACAAACGACAUACCAAACAACACAUUCCCAUCGUCUGAAGGAGGGGUUACCAAGAUAUCUAGCAUUGGAGAGGCUGCUCUUGCAAGAUGCCGGAGGGUUUAUGCUUAUGCUCAUGAUUAUAAUAUUAAUUCUAUCUCAAACAACAGUGAUUGUGAGACAUUUGUUUCUGCGGAUGACCUUAGGAUAAAUUUGUGGAACCUAGAGAUUAGUGAUCAGUGUUUCAAUAUCAUUGACAUGAAACCAGCCAACAUGGAGAACCUCAUUGAGGUUAUAACAUCAGCUGAGUUCCAUCCAGUUUACUGUAAUCUCCUAGCAUAUAGCAGCUCAAGGGGUUUUAUUCGUCUGGUUGACAUGCGGCAGUCAGCAUUGUGUGAUCAACAUGCUAGGAUAUUUCAAGACCGUGAACCUCAUGGAUCUACUACAUUUUUUACUGAGAUAAUCACAUCUAUCUCUGAUAUAAAGUUUGCGAGCGAUGGAAGGCAUAUCUUAAGUCGUGAUUAUAUGAAUCUAAAGCUGUGGGACUUGCAUAUGGAGGCUUCUCCAGUUGCAACUUUUAAGAUUCAUGAGUACCUUCGCCCUAAGUUGUCUGAUUUAUAUAAUAAUGAUUCAAUUUUUGACAAAUUUGAGUGCUGCCUCAGUGGGGAUGGGCUUCAUUUUGCUACUGGAACUUAUAGCAAUCUUUUUCGGGUUUUCUCUCCUCGGGAUGGAAAUGAAGAAGGAACCACACUAGAAGCUAGCAAAAAUCCUUACCGGAAGCAACAUCACCAAGCCACUUCUAGAGCUAGACGCACAUCUCUAAGCAACCACACCCGUGGGCAUUUCCGACAAGGACAUAAUUAUUCAAGCUCCGAAAUUAAUGGGGUUCCUUGUGACUUAGCUUCCAAGCUGCUACAUCUGGCAUGGCAUCCAUCAGCUAGUUUAAUUGCCUGUGCUGUUGCGAAUAGCUUGUACAUGUACUAUGCAUAAUUCUUCUGAACGAUCAUUGGAAUAACACCUGAUAUACAGUAACAUUUGCAGUGAUUUUGUUCU